CGCCGGCCCGAGAGGGCUGCGCGGGGCAACUUCUUAGAGUGGCCCAUCGGUCGGUCUAGGGAGGAGAGGGUCAGCGUGGCAAGGUUUUGCCUGCACGAUGUCCAGCAAAGCUGAGAAGAAGCAGCGAUUGAGUGGCCGAGGAAGCUCCCGGGCAAGCAGGUCGGCGGGGGCCCCUCAGGCUGCUGUGGCCACACGGGAGCAGGGGAACGCCCUGGCUGUCAGUGAGCCAGAGCCGCAGGCUGAGCUUCCCAAGGAGGAGCCUGAGCCACGGUUGGAGGGACCUCAAGCACAGAGUGAAGGAUCAGUGGAGCCCGAGGCAGAUGUGAAGCCCCUUUUCCUUUCCCGAGCUGCGCUGACAGGACUGGCAGAUGCAGUGUGGACACAGGAGCAUGAUGCCAUUCUGGAACACUUUGCCCAGGACCCUACAGAAUCCAUCCUCACCAUCUUCAUUGACCCUUGUUUUGGGCUGAAGCUAGAGCUGGGCAUGCCUGUACAGACCCAGAACCAGCUUGUCUACUUCAUUCGCCAAGCACCGGUCCCCAUCACCUGGGAGAACUUUGAAGCAACCGUGCAGUUUGGGACAGUGCGGGGCCCCUAUAUCCCGGCCCUGCUUCGGCUGCUCAGUGGAGUCUUUGCCCCUCAGAUCUUUGCAAACACAGGCUGGCCUGAGAGCAUUAGAAAUCAUUUUGCUUCUCAUCUGCACAAGUUCUUGGCCUGCCUGACAGACACUCGCUAUAAACUGGAGGGGCACACGGUCCUCUACAUCCCUGCAGAGGCCAUGAACAUGAAGCCUGAGGUGGCGGUAAAGGACAAAGAGCUGGUGCAGCGGCUAGAGACCUCCAUGAUCCACUGGACCCGGCAGAUAAAGGAGAUGCUCAGUGCCCAGGAGACUGUGGAGACAGGAGAAAAUUUAGGUCCUCUGGAGGAGAUUGAGUUCUGGCGCAACCGAUGCAUGGACCUGUCUGGCAUCAGUAAGCAGCUGGUGAAGAAGGGAGUGAAGCACGUUGAAUCCAUCCUGCACCUUGCCAAGUCGUCCUACUUGGCGCCCUUUAUGAAACUGGCACAGCAGAUCCAGGAUGGCUCUCGUCAAGCACAGUCAAACCUGACCUUUUUGUCAAUCCUGAAGGAACCUUACCAGGAGUUGGCUUUCAUGAAGCCCAAGGACAUCUCUAGCAAGCUCCCAAAGCUGAUCAGUCUCAUCCGCAUCAUCUGGGUCAACUCUCCCCACUACAACACUCGGGAGAGACUGACCUCGCUCUUCCGAAAGAUGAGCAAUGAGAUCAUCCGCUUAUGCUGCCACGCCAUCUCCCUGGACCGGAUCUUUGAGGGAUAUGUCUCUUCCAGCAAGGAGGACCUGCAAGGCUGCAUUCUCUGUUGUCAUGCUUGGAAAGAUCACUACCUACAGGCUGUGCAGAUGCACACCCAGUUCUCCAGUCGGGGCUGGGUCCUAGACCAGACCAGCAUCUUUGCUCAGGUUGAUGCCUUUGUGCAGCGCUGCAAGGACCUUAUUGAGGUAUGUGACUGUCAGUAUCACUUCGCCCGCUGGGAAGAUGGCAAGCAGGGUCCCCUUCCUUGCUUCUUUGGUGCCCAGGGGCCACAGAUAACACGGAACUUGCUGGAGAUUGAGGACAUCUUUCAUAAAAAUCUGCACAUGCUGCGAGCCGUUCGCGGGGGCAUCCUGGAUGUCAAGAACACCUCUUGGCAUGAAGACUACAAUAAGUUCCGUGCCGGAAUCAAGGACCUGGAGGUGAUGACCCAGAACCUGAUCACCUCAGCCUUCGAGUUGGUGCGGGACGUGCAGCACGGCGUGCUCCUGCUGGACACCUUCCACAGGCUUGCCUCCCGCGAGGCUAUCAAGCGGACUUAUGACAAGAAGGCGGUGGAUCUCUACAUGCUGUUCAAUAGCGAGCUGGCCCUGGUGAACCGUGAACGGAACAAGAAGUGGCCAGACCUGGAGCCCUACAUGGCGCAGUAUUCCGGACAGGCGCGCUGGGUGCACAUCCUCCGGCGUCGCAUCGACAGAGUCAUGACCUGCCUUGCUGGUGCUCAUUUCCUGCCCCAUAUUGGGACUGGAGAGGAGAGUGUGCACACCUAUCAGCAGAUGGUCCAGGCCAUUGAUGAGCUGGUUCGAAAAACUUUCCAAGAGUGGACAUCAACGCUGGACAAGGAUUGCAUUCGGCGGUUGGAUACCCCAUUGCUGCGAAUCAGCCAGGAGAAGGCGGGCAUGCUGGAUGUCAACUUUGACAAGUACAGGAGCCACCUGGCCCCUUUUCCCUACACUCCCCUUCUGCAGCUCUCCCAAGAAUUUAACUCCCAUCUUUUGACUCCUCUCUUCAUUAUUCUCUCUCUUUCUUAUACUACAAUAUGUUUGCUAUUGACAUUUUACUUCGUUUUUUCUUCUUUUAUUUUUGUCUCUCCCCACCUCCCACCCUGCUAUCAACAUUUUAAUUUUACAACUUAUCUUAAAACAAAACAAAACAAAACAAAAACAAUGAUCGGCCAGGCACGGUGGCUCACACCUGCAAUCCCAGCACUUUGGGAGGCUGAGGCGGGCGCAUCGCUUGAGCCCAGGAGUUUGAGAACAGCCUGGGCAACAUGGCAAAACCCAGUCUCUGCAAAAAAUACAAAGAUUAGCCAGGCGUGGUGGUACAAGCCUGUAGUCUCAGAUACUUGGGAGGUUGAGGUGGGAGGAUCGCCUGAGCCCGGGAGGCAGAGGCUGCAGUGA